GUGUUCUAAUGCCCAGAUGUUAGUGGAUUAUAGGAUUCUGACUUUGCUAAUACGAUUUGAGUGGAAAUUAUCGGAAAGCUGAGCAAUUACAUAAGCAAUAUGGUCAUGGUCUAUGCUUGAUCCUAACCUUUAAAAAGUUUGAGAAAAAAUGGCUGAAUACAAAAAACUACCUGAAUACAACUUGACUUUGGGAUACAGCUGGUUUAAAGCCUGAAGCAUAAUGUAUAUAAAAAACUGUGUUGACAAGAAGAAUGCAGAGACUUCUUCAGUCAUUUUUCAGCAGGUGCUGGUUCCGUUUUGGCUUGCUGGACUAGGAACAGUCACUGCUGGAAUGGUGCUGGAUGAAAUACAGCACUGGGAAAUGCUUAAAGAAAUCUCUGAAGUCUUUAUCUUGGUUCCUGCACUAGUGGGCUUAAAGGGAAAUUUGGAGAUGACUUUAGCUUCCAGACUUUCUACAGCAGCCAACACUGGUCAGCUCGACAAUCCCAGGCAGCGGAAUUUGAUGGUGUACACCAAUCUAGCUCUAGUCCAGGUGCAGGCCAUAGUUGUUGGUUUUCUGGCUGCAUUGGCUGCAAUAAGUUUAGGGGCCUUGAUUAAGGGCAGUGUGGACCUUCGUCAGGCUGCUGUACUGUCUGCUAGCAGUAUGGUCACAGCCUUCAUCUCUGCUCUUACUUUGGGGUUGCUGAUGGUGGGGGUGACCGUUGGAGCUCGAAAGUUGGGCAUUAACCCUGAUAAUGUAGCGACUCCCAUAGCUGCCAGCCUCGGUGACCUCAUCACGCUCUCACUUCUGGCAGGGAUCGGCAGAUUCUUCUUCCAGUUCAGAGAUAUGUGGUAUUUCCUUCUACUCAUAUGUGCUGCAUUCCUCUUGCUCAUCCCUCUCUGUGUGAUCAUCGCUCGUCGCAGUCCACCAGUCAGAGAGGUGCUGAAAUCAGGCUGGCAACCUGUUAUCACUGCUAUGCUUAUCAGCAGCGCUGGAGGAUUGAUUCUGGAUAAGACUGUAAGCGACCCUCAGUUUGAAGGCAUGGCUGUGUUCACGCCCAUCAUUAAUGGUGUAGGUGGGAACCUGGUAGGCAUUCAGGCUAGCCGUAUCUCCACCUACCUGCACUGCAUCAGUCUUCCUGGAGUCACAUCCCAAAACAUUAAAACAUGUUGUCCUCAUCCCGGCAUGACCUUUUGCACCUCAGCAGUAAACUCCAGAUCUGCUAGAGUUCUUUUGCUGAUAGUGGUUCCAGGCCAACUGCUCUUCCUUUACACAGUCCAGCUGCUACAGGGUGGACACACUGCCAUGACACCUGCUUUCGUCUGCUGCUACCUGUGUGCUGCACUUUUGCAGGUAGUAAUACUGUUGUACGUGGCAGAUGUGUUGGUGUGGCUGAUCUGGCAACGUGGUCUAGACCCUGAUAAUUACUCCAUCCCCUACCUGACUGCACUGGGGGAUCUGCUGGGCACCAGCCUCCUCGCCCUCACAUUCAGAAUAGCCUGAGAUCCGAUCCGUUCCCUGGUUCUAUUCAGAUUCUGAUUAUGAUGUCUUUAACAUAUGCAAGCUAAAGAGAAACAGAAAUCAUUUUAAAGAAGAAGUUUUUUUUAUUAUUAUUUUUAAGUGAUUAAAUGGUUUGUCUCCUCCCAUAGACCACAGUGAUAUUUUAUGGCGAAUUCUUUCUCUCCAGUUCAAUGAUACAAAUUUAUUUUCAUAUUUGAUUGCCUUAGUGGAGAGUUUUUCCUAAUUAAACAGUCCAGACUUAGAGGACAUGAUGGUUUGUCUCUUGACUUCCAUACAAAAUGUGGUUUAAAAUGUCAAUGUCAAAGUCAUUUAUUAGACUAUAUAAAAAAGAGGCCAAAGUGUAUACACCCAAACAUAUUAUUUUACAUAAUAUCCAUGAUUUCAUGAUUAAAGAAUCUCUGGCUGCAAAAAAGUUUGAGACCUAAUUAUAGCGAAAUGUCUGUACAUUAACUUCAAUAUCAUUGUUUUAGUUAUAAAUUAAGUGAGAUGAUCUGUCUCAAACUGUGAUUUAUGGACUGCAUUGUAUUAUUGUCACGUGCUGUGUUUCAUUUAGACCAUGUACUGCAUAACAUUAAAGGCAGUAAAGGCAUCAUAUGAUGUUAUGGUCGUUACAUCUAAACAAAACCUUCCAGGCUACAUUGUGAGCAAACUUAUUCUGUCUUCUAUACAGUACCUGUUCUUCUAUAGAAGAUAGAACUAUAUUCUUGUGAGGAUGUAGAAUGAUAAUUUAUGAUUAAACACUGCAGUGUAAUUUUAAAUGUCUGUAAUUAAUAUGGCCUUUAGUAUUAACUUUGUGAUUUAAAAAAACAAGCUAUUUCUGUGCACUGUGAUGUAUUUCUUAAUUGUACAAAUUAAGUUGCCUGUCAUAGACUAUGCAAAAGAAAUUAUAUUGUAUUAUUUUUUUUAAAACAUACAUGUAUUUGUCCUAUAUGCUGCAAUGUCUUCCACAGUCUCAAAAAGGCAUAGCCUUAGAGUGUAGCCAUCUAAUAA